AUGGCAGCCAACAUACAACUGAAACAGCUUGCGGAGAGAUCUCGAAAUGUAGCGAAUGCGAUUUUAAAUCGCGAUCUACCUCCCAUUGAACGAAAUCUAGAGCAAAUCGAGAAACAGUCGCGUAAACUUGCUGAUAAAGUUGUAAAACCUGGAGAAACUCCCGAAAGAAAAGCUCCAUAUUUCUUAGCGAAUAUUGGGAUUGAUGGAGAUAAAUUAACACAAGAAGUAAAAAGCAUUAACGUUUUGGGUGCCUUUGAACCGCGAGUUGUCCUGCCGGAUACGGAUGUCGAGAAAUACCUCGAUCAUAAACAUCAACAAACGAUCACAAGUAUCAUUAAAGAUGGUUAUACGCAGACCAUCAAUGAUUAUAACUCCCAUUUUGAUCGAUGUUUGCACCAAGAUUGGGAUAGAUUCAAGAGAAAAGUGUUUGAAGAACUUGGUCAACAUGUGCCAAUGAGGUCUGUAAGUAGUUCGGAAGUACCUGUCAGCGUUGGAAGCGGUCGUAAUGUAACGCAAACACGAUUUUCGCCGAGCACAUCAUUAUCAAACACCAACCCUCGAUCAACAAUGAGGUCAUCAUAUGCUACCGUAGGAGAAGGACGCGUUUCAUUUAGGAGUGAUUCUACCUUGCAACUAAAUCAACGACAUUUGGUCUAUUUUGAUGUCGUGGUUAAAUUGAACAAUUCGAGAUUGACUAAAAUUGAGUAUGGCGUUAUAAAUGAAUUUAUUAACGCAGCAAAGAAAAUCAAUCUAGAUUAUGGAAGAAAGCUGGUGCAAUGUUGGCAAGCACUUGCACAUAUCGUUGGAGAAAGUAAUGUUGUUGACGGACGCUUCACACGAAAUCCACUGAAGCAAGGGCACUUUAAAUCAGCAUACCACUCUCCUUCUUUUGACGCGACAUUUAAAAACCUUUGCAGAUACCUCAUAAACGGUUCAAAACGCUAUUUGGAAGAAUCUUAUCAAUCGUGGUCAAAUACCUAUGUAAAUUCUUUUCGGAGCGAAGCUAUGCUAGGAGGUCUACCAUCUGCCAUUAACAUGGCGCGGGCCGUCUUGCGUGCCAUCCAUCGACCAAAUGGAGGAAUUCCAACGGAUAAUUUACACAUGGCAGAUAAUGUUCCAAUAUGGGGCCACAUCUUUGUUCUCGUGAGACAGGGUUAUUACCAACAAGCUUUGGAGGUUGCAAAGGGUUACGAACCGUUGUUGCCUAGACAGGAUUUACAAUUUGUUACAUAUUUUUCUCGAUUUGUUUCAAACAAUAAUAGUCUUCCUCCGCAAGAUCGACAAAAAUUGGUCGCAGAUAUGAAACAAUGGAAUUCCUUAACUUUUCAAGAUAAAGAUCCAUAUAAGUUCAUCAUGUAUCAAGUAGUCGCCCAGCUUGAAGAAUUACCGCAGAAACCUCAAAUUGAAAGUGUUCUCCUCACUUCAGAAGACUUCAUGUGGAUGAAGCUAAUGUGCAUUCGAGAGAUUGAAUCAGUUGGUGGAACCUCAAAUGACACGCUAUCAUUAGAAGACUUGCAAAAAACAAUUCGAAACUUGGGUCCUAAUCAUUUUAAUCAUGGUGGAAAAGACCCUAUACAAUAUUUUCGGGCUCUACUGUUUACAGCCCAAUUUGAAAGGGCGGCUCAUUAUUUAUUUCAGACAGAUUAUACUGAAGAUGCGGUACAUUUUGCUGUUGCACUUUCGUAUUAUGGAUUGCUUAGAAUACCCGAUUAUGGAGAAACCAUGGCAUUACUCGUUGAGGCUGGAGAGAAAGCAUUCCCUUAUCUCAAUUUCAACACGCUCAUUGUUCAAUAUGCUAGUUCGCUAGUCAAAGAAAAAGCUCCCAGCACUGCAUUACAUUACCUUCUCUUAUUGUACCUUCACUGUAAUCCACAAACCGACUCCGGUUAUUAUCAAAUUGAAUUAUGCCAUGAAAAUAUUCGACAACUUGU